AUGGAAAUCAGUGCUUCUAUGACUUCUCUAGCUGCUUUGGAACCUUUCAAAACCCAAUGGAGAGUUCACGUUAAGAUUAUCAAACUAUGGAAGCAGUUUUUGAAUGGUGUCCCAACUUUGGAAAUGGUCUUUGUUGAUGAGAAGAAUGAAACAAUGCAUGCUACUGUGAGAAAGGAAUUAAUUAAAAAAUUCGAGAACUCCAUUGAAGAAGGAGAGCCCUCCGAGGAAUUGCCUCCGCAUAUCAUUGGAUUGAAAAGUGUGAACUUCAGUGAUAUCCAUGAUGGAAAACUGAAUCCUGACUUCUUGAUAGAUGUCAUUGGUCAGAUUGUGGACAUUGGGGAUGUUGAAAUUCUUAACGUAAACAAGAAACAAACCAAGCGGCUCACUAUGUCUCUCCGUGAUCUAGCUAAUGUUCGUUUGAAUUGUGUUCUUUGGGGAGAUUAUGCUGAGGAAUUAGAGGGAGUUGUUCAAAAUUGUAAUGAAGCUAUUGUUACAUUUGUCUUAAGAUUUGGAAAAUUAAGACUUUACCAA